GUUUUGCAGCAGCAGUGAAUCCUUCAUUCGGUUGGGCUAUUAUGGCAGCAAAGCCUUUCCUCAAGUUGGUUCCGUGUCAAUCUACGUUCUCGCUGCUGAGAGCUAUCCCACAGUCGUACGUGCCUGUGGAACAGCAACCGUGCUGAGCUUUGGUCGGAUUGGUGCCUUCAUCGCACCCGUGUUUUAUGAGUUCUUGCUCAGUACCUCUGGAACACAUGAAGCAUUUUUCUACAUGUCAGCUGGACUGAUGCUCGUGUGCUUUGUGCUCACGGCAUCGCUGGUCCCAGAAACGUUUCGUGGAGUCCUCGUCUACACAGAUCUGGAGCAACUCGGUUUGCCCAACGUUACAGCUGUGAACUGGGGGCAAUGGCAUGGUCCCUAUGCCCUCCCUCCCGAGCGUUUGGUGCUGUGUGCCUGCGGGAAUGCUUUUCUGUGGCUACAAGGAGAUGCGACUCCGCACCCGCUAAACCAAACACUGGUAUCGACCCUUUUUUCUUCACUGCCCCACAUGUGGCCACAGCGGCGUGAACAGCAUGGAAGCUUCAUUUGGAUUCUAGACCAGAGUUACAACUUGAUCAUCGCACCAACCAUGCAAGAGCUACCCGGCAGCGGUCUUCGUGAAGUCAAACACGGAGACUUGUGCCCUGGCAAGACCUUCUUCGGCGAGAACGCUGCUUCCGGACCCUAUCGAGGUGUUGCUCGACUCGGGGGUGAGUUCAAUCUGGCCGGCAAUGGCAACGGUUCCGAGUGGAUUAUGCACGCGAAAUCUGGAUACACGGCUUAUCGUGUUGCGACGGAGACGGCUGCUGAGUAUUAUCACGUGCACCAAGAGGCAGGCAGAAACGACAGUGAUAUUGCUCGGAAUUUCCAAAGAUGCGUUCCUCGUCAGAUUUUCCGAGCCAAAGAGCCACUGAUGCGACUGUUCUGUUUCUUGCGUGCGAAGAUGUCUGUCGAUGCAGCGCUUGGUGAGAUUCGGAGAUGCGACAUUCGAUAUGCGGUCUCAGGAGGUUUGCCAGACCUGAAGCGCUGCAGGCUCAGACCCAGCAAUUCCUCGGGCUGUUUGGCACAGAAGGCUGACUCAGCAUGCGCGACCGUGGUGCAUCUGAUUGACUGGUACGCGCCUGGGCAAGACAGGUGCAACAUGACAAUUGAAGAGUUCGGCGCCCGGCUUCAGAAAGUUGGAGAGGACGUUUUCCGACAUGGGCUGUCAGACCCUUCAGGCCCAAGACCUCCUUCAGACGUCUUGGAGGUAAAGAUGCGAAUUAAAGGUUUGCGGAAGCACUCCUGCCUGUUCGCUCCAGAAUUCACCACCCAGCUUGGUUGCAAUGUCCACGGCUGUUUCGGGGAAGGCUUCACCAGGAAGCUCAAAGCCGUUGAACAGCUUCUGCCUGAUGAUCCUCCUGCAGCUUCCAGGCUUUGGCCAGUGGUUUCCCAGGCAUGGAGUCAGUGCCAGCUUUGA